AUGCCUGCUUCCAUUGACGUUGUUUUUACCCCAGAUCUCCUCCCCUUUUCCGACCUCACCGGCAAAACGGUUGUCGUCGCCGAUAUUUUGCGUGCGACAACCACCAUCACCUUCGCUGUGGCAAACGGCGCGACAGCCAUCACGCCUGUCCUGACCCCAGACGAUGCCUUUCGUCUUGCUGCAGAUCAACCGAACACACUGAUCGGCGGUGAGCGUGGUGGGAUGAAAGUUGAUGGGUUUGAUCUUGGGAAUUCACCGCGUGAAUAUACCGAAACGGUUGUUUCAGGGUGGCAAAUCGUCUUGACAACGACGAACGGAACACGCACCCUACAAGCCUGUCGUGCUGCUGAACGGGUUCUCGUCGGAUCCUUCCUCAAUCUCCGCGCAAUUGUCAACCGGUUGGCUCAAGCAGAAGGGGAACUUGUCUUUGCAUGUUCUGGCAGAGAGGGCGGUUUCUGCACGGAAGAUACUGUUUUCGCAGGUGCAUGUGUGGCAGCAUUAGCGGAGACUCAACUGACCGAUGCCGCUGAAGCAGCAAAGAUCCUUUAUCAGGAACAUUGUGAGGAUCUGCUUGGGAUGCUAAAGAAUUGCUAUCACGGUCGAUCCCUCGCCAGCAUUGGACUAGGAGAGGAUCUCGAAUUUUGCGCCCAAAUGGACCUUGUUGACGUUGUUCCCCAUCUGGUUGACGGACGGAUUAUUGUGUAA